CACUGACUGUAGCCGGUGUAACGGCUAACCUGCAAGCACGAGAUCGAGCGAGACCUUGGGAACGACCUCUGGUUUCGCAUUACGUUUCCAUCGUCCGUCAUUGACCUUUUCGUCCCGACAAGGAGCCGGAGUUUUUAGUGGUGUUCGAGGAGGCUCCUCCGCGAAGGUGGAAAUAUCUCGUCGGGCCCUGAAGAGAAGAGAACGCUCCCAAGGAAUCAGUUCUCACUUACACCUCUUCUGAGGGAAACAAGAGAUGUUGCGGACUACUGCGAGCCUGCGUAACGACUUGGCGCGUGUCACGCUGAGAAACACUCCGCGAUUAAAUGCCGCCAGAUGCCUAACCACGCGAUGUCUUCACAGAAAACACCUUCAAAGACUUCAGGUCCGGGAUCCCCGUCAUUCCACGGUAACCCCAUGGACCCAGCAACUAAGGUUCUAUGCAGAUUACCCAAGCCAUGUGAAAGUGAAUCUUCCUGCGUUAUCACCUACAAUGGAAGUGGGGACUAUCGUGACUUGGCAGAAGAAGGAAGGUGACCAAUUGAACGAGGGAGAUCUACUAGCCGAAAUCGAAACCGACAAAGCCACUAUGGCUUUUGAGACCCCCGAAGAGGGAUACCUAGCAAAAAUACUCGUACCUGCAGGGACUAAAAACGUUCCCAUAGGCAAAUUAGUCUGUAUUAUCGUGCCCGAUAAGAACAGCGUAGAUGCUUUUAAGGACUAUAAAGAUGAUGGUGUUGCAUCGGCAUCUCCUGCACCGCCAGCCCCAGCUGCACCUGCACCAGCCCCACCUACACCAGCUCCAUCUACACCAGCUCCACCUGCUCCACCUGCUCCACCUGUAGCUGCUGCGCCACCAAAACCUGCUACGGCACCUCCACCUGCGGUUUCUAAAACAGGGGACAGAGUUUAUGCUAGUCCACUGGCAAAAAGAUUAGCUGCAGAAAAAGGCCUCAAUUUAGAGGGUUUGAAAGGUUCGGGGUUGUUCUCCUCGAUCACGACGAAGGACUUGGAGGGUGCUCCAGCUGCUGCAGGUGUUGCAGCCGUUUCUGCUGCAUCUCCAGCUUCCGUAGCUGCUGGGUCAGAUAUUCCGGUCUCCAACAUAAGAGCGGUCAUUGCCAAACGACUACAAGAAAGCAAAUCGACGAUUCCUCAUUACUACCUUACAGUCGACGUGCAGAUGGACGCCGCUCUCAGUAUGCGAGAGCAGUUCAAUAAGUUACUGGAGAAGGAGAAGUUGAAGUUGAGUGUAAACGACAUCAUCAUCAAGGGCAUUGCGAUGGCGUCCAAAAAGGUGCCCGAAGGGAAUUCCGCCUGGCUUGGGGAUGUCAUCAGACAAUACAAUCACGUAGACGUUAGCGUAGCUGUAAGUACAGAUAGUGGCUUGAUAACGCCGAUAGUCUUUGCGGCCGACACAAAGGGUAUUGCCCAAAUCAGCAAAGAAGUGAAGGCCCUGGCUGUAAAGGCGAGGGAGGGUAAGCUACAACCCCAUGAGUUCCAAGGGGGCACCAUCACCGUGUCCAACCUGGGGAUGUUCGGGAUAAAGAACUUCUCCGCCAUCAUAAACCCACCACAGUCGAUAAUUCUUGCGGUGGGAAACACAGAAAAGAGAUUGAUCCCUGCAGACAACGAGAAAGGGUUCACCACUGCACAAUACAUGUCUGUAACGGCAAGUUGUGAUCAUCGCACUGUUGAUGGAGCGGUGGGUGCUCUUUGGCUGGCGGCGUUCAAGAACUUAAUGGAGAACCCAACAACGAUGCUCUUGUAGAAAAGUCUUACGACAGAUCAGAAGGGUUGAUUUCGAAAAUGUCGGGGAACGAUGCAGAUCAGUGUACGUUGUCGUUAAGAAUACAUCUUCCAUUACGCCUCCACAAUUUGUUAAUAUCUCCAUCAGCAGGAGUUGCGUCAUGAUGUCUGAGGCUACCUCUUAACAGAAAAAACAUGUCUGUGUCAGAGUGGAUUUCAUAGUUAAUUGCAUUCUAGUAUACAACUCAUCGGUGGAUGAUAAACUUUGCGAACCGAUACGUAAGUCGAUGUGAAGAGUGUCUAUAGAUAACAGUAGGCAUUAACGUUGCAGAGUGAUGCGUGCUGGUCAUACAUCGAGCCUAGGUGACGACAGGCGUAGAAAUCGCUGAAAUGUGCAUGCCGAUUGCGAACCACGUCUGGAUAGGCAAGCUCGAUCGUAAUGUCCGUUUUGCGACUGCCUUCGAGUAUUCAAAGGAUUGUACAGUUGUUUCAUAUUAACUUUAUCCAAGGCUAGGCUUACAUCCUUACAGUACAAAUCGAGUCGUGCUAUUUUCCUUGGAUAUGCGAAUGUAUUUAUAUCGCGACUACUCCGGUUACGGUUACCUAUGGUAAUCGCUUGUACAUAUGCUAAUUUAACCUGUUAUGGAGGAACCUGUAAUAAAAUUAGAAAUUCUUCCCUGCAAGGGAAAUCGUGGAAAGAUAUAUAAUGUGUAUAGUACCGAUAGGCGAGUUAUGUGUGUGUACAACGAGCGAUUUAUUUAAUAAAUUAUGCCGUGAGGAUAAUUGUA